UUGGUUUCUGCGUAAACAAGAAGCAGCAAGAAACCUCAGAAUCUCAUCUAACCUAUUAAGUCUUUUGUCUCUUCAUCUCCGUUCAAGUUGUCGGAAUUUAAGAACAGUAAGAAACCCUAUUUCUACAAAAACUAUAUCCAAUACUUGGCCUUAAGUCUAUUUAUGCCUGCAUAAAGGAUACGUAGUAUUAGAAGUGCUUGUGUGUACGUAAGCUUCGGUUUUGAUUAUUUCUUCUGCAGUUUUGGUUUAAUCUUCUAGGGGUGAAGAAGAGUCAUUGAAUUUAUGCUAGCUGUGUCGCCAUUGAGGAACACAACAGCUGAGGAUGAAAACAAAGAAAAGAUGGAGAUGUUCACUAUUAGCUCGGAAGAUUUCCCUGACUUCGCCGAUGGGAAUUUACUUGAGAGUAUCAACUUUGAGGAUCUCUUUGUCGACGGUGAUGGGUUGCCGGAUUUGGAGCUCGGCCCUGAAAUUUUCUCCGAAUUACCCGCCGAGGAACUGCAAACGAACACAUCGGUAGAAAAAACGGAUGAAGGUUAUAAUAAUCAAAGGAAAGAGGAAGAAGUUAAGGUUUCGGGUUUGAGUUCACGUUCGAGUUCGAGCAAAGGUGAAAAUCCUAGAGCAGUUAAAACAACUUCCAAAGAUGCUGAUAAGGGAAGAAAAUUACCAGCACAAGCAAAAAAUCAAAAUCUAGGGAAGAUUAAAUUGAAGGUGGAUUGGACGCCGGAGCUGCACAGGAGAUUCGUGCAAGCGGUGGAGCAGCUGGGGCUGGAUAAGGCGGUGCCUUCAAGAAUUUUAGAGAUCAUGGGGAUCGAAUGUCUCACUCGCCAUAACAUUGCCAGUCAUCUUCAAAAAUAUAGAUCUCAUCGGAAGCAUUUACUGGCUCGUGAGGCGGAGGCGGCUAACUGGUCUCACAGGAGGCAAAUCUACGGUGGUGCCGCCGCCACUCCAACAGGUGGAGUUAAGAGAGAUAUGAAUCCUUGGCUUGCACCCAUUAUUGGUUGUCCGCCCAUGUCACCGUCGUCGUCACCCAUGAACCACCAGUUUAGGCCUUUGCAUGUAUGGGGUCAUCCCACUAUGGAUCGAUCCCUAAUGCACUUAUGGCCUAAACAUCUAGCCCGGACACCAUCCCCGCCGCCACCAAGACGGCCCACGUGGCCACCUCCACCCGCUGACCCCUCGUAUUGGCACCACCACCACCACCAAAACCUACGUGUAAGAAAUGGGGUAGCCCCAGGAACACCUUGCUUUCCACAGCCACAGGCAACAACGAGAUUUGCCGCAUCACCGGUCCCGGGCAUUCCCCCGCACCUGGCCACCGUGUACAAGGCAGACCCCGGCAUUGGCGUCCUAUCUGGUCCCCACCCUCUCAUGGACUUCCACCCGUCCAGAGAGAGCAUAGAUGCAGCAAUAGGAGACGUUUUAUCGAAACCGGGACUGCCACUGCCUCUCGGAUUGAAGCCGCCGUCUUGCGACGGUGUUUUGGGAGAGUUGCAACGCCAAGGAGUCCCCAACAUACCACCUUCUUCUUCAACUUGAUAGCAUUGCAUAGCAUGUCCGGCCAUAUUCAACACCUUGGCUCUGAGGAAACCCUUUAAUUCGACGACAUUAACCAUAUGUUAGGUUUCAUGUAGAAACCUACU